AUGGCGAGCACGACCCUUGCGCCGACAGUGACGGCCCUCUCCCUCCUUUCAAUGGACCCGUCGCCGGCGGUGGUCCAUUCUGCACGCAAUGCCGCGGGCACGCGUCACGGGCUUGUCAAUGUGACGCGACUGGUGCGCUCCCUUGACAAGCAACGCUUGGAACACGUCCGUCACGAGGCCGAUGGGUCGAACUGGCUCGAGGUCCAGAAGACAUGGGAGACUGUACUGUACGCUCGGGCGUUGCUCUAUGCCCUGCAAGGCGCCAACGAACAGGCCUCUACGACUGCUCCGGCUUUGGGUGACUUGGACGCGACCCUUUCAAAGAUUGAGGUGCAUGUACAGGCUACGGCCAAGAACACUCGUGCGCCGGCGCCUAUCACGAGCCUUCCUCUAAUCGACCUGCCAAAGGCCGUUGCCCCGUCACCUGCAGUCUUGUUAGACGAGGCCGUCCCUGCCUCGCUGUCGCUCGACAGUGAAGAGCCUGUUCUCGCAGUCGAGCUGCCUACAUCACCGUUGCCUACUGCCCCUGCACCUUCCAUCAGCCCGCGUCUGGCCGCUGUGCCAACUUCCACCUCGGACUUUAACACUUCGACAUACUUUGCCAAGCGGUCACGCGAAGAUGCGGCUGGCGGCGAGGCCGGAUUGUUACCACUCAAGGUUGCCAAGAAGAGCAAUAACGACCCGAUGGACCAGGAAGGAAUGAGGCAGCGUCUCAUGGGCGGGGCACAGGGGGCCAUUGGGUCGUCACAACUACACGAAGAGCUCGGAGGACAGCUGGUGGAUAUGUCCCGGCAGCUGAAGCUCAAUUCGGUCCACUUUUCCAACUCGAUGGAGCAAGAAAAGGCGUUGCUUCAGUCGUCCCAGGAUGUCCUUGAGAAGAACCUGGCGUCAACCAAGGCAUCCAAGGGCCACCUGUCGACCGUGUCAUCCAAGGGGAGGAGUACAACGUGCAUGACCCUUGGUGUCGUCAUCCUUGUUCUGGUGCUCUUCAUUUGGACCUAUAUGCUCAUUCGGUUCACGUAG